AUGGUUAAACAUGGUUUCCUUAAAGCUGGAUAUAAAUAUUUAAACCUUGAUGAUGGUUGGUCAAAUGACUGUAGAAAUGAAAGUGGGUAUCUUCUGCCUGAUCCAGAUGCAUUUCCUAGUGGAAUGAAAGCACUUGUGGACUAUAUACAUAGCAAGGGAUUAUUGUUUGGAAUCUAUGCCGAUUCCGGAUUAACCACUUGCGCCAAGCGUCCAGGAUCUCUUAAUUACGAGAAAAAAGAUGCACAGGUAUUCGCAGAAUGGGAAGUAGAUUAUUUAAAAUAUGAUAAUUGCGAUAACAUGGGGCUUCCUGCGGUGGAUCGUUAUAAGGCAAGUCAUAAAGAUAAAAUGCGAGAUGCACUCAAUGCUACUAGAAGACCAAUUUAUUUUAGCAUAUGUGAAUGGGGGGAAAAUAAACCUUUUCUUUGGGCACCACCGAUUGGGAAUAGCUGGAGAACGACUCAAGACAUUAAAGCAAAUUGGACAUCAGUUUUGACAAUUUUAGACAAACAACGGAAUAUUACAAAUUAUGCAGGACCAGGAGGUUGGAAUGAUCCUGAUAUGCUUGAAAUAGGUAAUGGCAACCUCACUCUUGAUGAACAAAGAAGCCAUUUCUCUUUCUGGGCUGCUUUGAAGGCUCCUUUAAUACUUGGAUUUGAUAUUAGAAAUCCACCACCUGAUGCAAGAGACAUGGCAUUAAAUACAGAAAUAAUAGCUGUGAAUCAAGAUCCUUUGGGUGUAUCUGUAAAUAUUGUUGAACAUAAUAAAUAUUAUGAGAUUUGGACUGGACCACUUAGUGAUGGUUAUGUUGCACGUCAAAUUGCAGUCAGAGACCUUUGGGAUAAGAAGAACCCGGAUAAAGGAAUAUUUACAGAAAGAUCAGCAGUUCCACCUCACACUACAACAGUUUUAAAACUUCGAUAUGGUAUAAAAGUUUCUCGUAAACGUAGACUUCAUAAAAUACUGAUAUACCCUUAG